AUGUCCGCCGCUAUCCAUAUCCCCCCUACACGACGGAGCAACCCUGUCUUCUCCCAGCGGCACCACCAUCCUAAUCAGCCCUCCCCGCCCAUCAGCGAGUCGAUGGUGCGGGAGCGUCUCUCCGCGAACCUCCCCGACAGCUUCAACUACCUCAGCAGCACGCGGGCAGUGGGCCGCAGUCACCGGCCACACAGCAGCAGCAGCAGCGGUGCAGGCUCCGACCGCAGCGCCACUCCUCCCGCCCGCGCAGUGCGCAGUGGCCCUGGCAAUGAGAGACGCAGCCGCCCCCCUCACACGUUCACCCGUGGCUCCUCCAGCAGCUCCAGCUGCAGUAGCCGCAGCAGCUCCACGUCAAGCGACGGUGGCGAGAGAUACUCCUUCUACGCUCGGCUGGCCAAGAUUCAUCGCGGCGGUGAGCCUGCGGCGCUGGCACGGUGCUGCGACACGGUGCGCGGCACGCUGCAGCUGCUGAAGCAGGCGCAGCUGUGCACUGGCGACAGCGACGGCGCCGCGGGCUUCUUCUGGCUCGACCUGCACGGCGUGCCGCCGCCGCCGCGGCGUGGGCGGGCAGCACUGCGCGACGCGGACAGCGGCGACGCACCCAUGAGCGCGCUGUGGGGGGCGCUUGGGCUGCAGGCGUCGACAGCGCACACCUUCACGACGGUGUGCGAGCAGCGGCAGGCUCACCCGCGGCCCGCCCGCACCUUGCUCGACGACGUGUACGAGGAGGAGGUGGUGGACUUCAGCUGCCCGGACGACCGCGUGCUGCAGGUGGAGCCGCUGCGGGCGCCGGCCAGCGCUGAGCCUGCAAUGGGUGUGUGCGACACCGGCCGCUGCCCGGAAGAGUGCGUGCAGCUCAUGCACGAGCAGGACAGCACUGCGAAGCGCACGCCGCGGGACGGCGUUGCCGGGUCGGCGCACUACGUGGCGCUGGAGCUGGCGACGCUGCUGACGCCGGUGCAUGCGUCGGCGGCGACGAUGAGAGAGGCGGCCUGGGAGACCGCGCUCUCGCCAGCCCCCUCGGCUGAAGAGCACGCCAACGAGCCGCUGAACGACCUUGUCUGGGCGGGGAGCUUGGGGCGCAGCAUGCUCAGCCUCCCCGCCGCGGCUGCCGCCAUCGGCCGGCCCGCCCCUCCCGUCUUGCCUGCCGGCCUCUGCCAGGCCACGCAACCGUCGCCGCACAGCCAGGAGCCGCCGGCCGCGGUGCCGCUUAUCACGUCUACCUACGUCGUCUGCUUUCCCGCGGGGUGCGUGACGUGGUGCCCCGCGAGCACGCUGGGGCUCACCAGCGCCGACCGCCGCGCCCACCGCCGCGCCGCGGCAGCGGAGGUGCAGUGCGUCAAGUCGUGGGAGCAGCUGCAGACCGCUGUGCUUCGUCGGAUGUGGCACGCGACCCACCUGAGCAGGGGCGCCGCUGCCUUCUCCCCUCACGCACGGUGUGGCGCUGCUCUGUCCUUCCACUGGCCUCUCUGCGGGCACCGCGUUAUUUGUAUUUGA